AUAAGUAAAAAGUGAGCUCCUCGGACGCACGACAACACACCAACUGAAGUGGAAAGCGACUCCUGUUCUGUUCCUUAAUCCAUUUCGGACACGGGAUUCAGUUUGCAACAGGACUACAUGGUAAAGAUCGCAUUGGUCUUCUUAACGGUGCGUUAAGUAGAUAGUAACAGGAAGUGUUUUGGGGCUUUUGACGCGUAACUUGUAGUGUUUUGGGAGAAAGUGGAGCGCUGUGUUUAAGUUUAACUAAUGACAGCAGAGGUGCAGCAGCCCCCAGCGCAGCCUCCCGCCCAGAGCAGCCCGAUGUCUGCUCCGGAGAAGCCGCACGGACAGACGGUGAUGGAGACCGCCUCCUCCACCACCAAAACCAAGAAGACAAACGCAGGGAUCCGCCGUCCGGAGAAACCGCCGUAUUCCUACAUCGCGCUGAUAGUCAUGGCCAUCCAGAGCUCUCCGACCAAACGCCUGACGCUCAGCGAAAUCUACCAGUUCCUGCAGAGCCGUUUUCCGUUUUUCAGAGGCUCGUAUCAGGGGUGGAAGAACUCCGUGCGCCACAACUUGUCCCUGAACGAGUGCUUCAUUAAACUGCCGAAGGGCCUCGGCCGGCCGGGGAAGGGCCACUACUGGACUAUCGACCCGGCCAGCGAGUUUAUGUUCGAAGAAGGCUCCUUCAGAAGGAGACCCAGAGGUUUCAGGCGCAAGUGCCAGGCGCUGAAGCCUAUGUACAGCAUGAUGAACGGUUUGGGAUUCAACCACAUCCCCGAGUCCUACAACUUCCAGGGCGGCGGCGGGGGCCUCUCCUGUCCGCCCAACAGUUUGUCUCUGGACGGCAGCGGGAUUGGGAUGAUGAACGGACACUUGGCUGGUAACAUGGAGGGGAUGGGGCUGUCCGGACACUCCAUGUCACACUUAUCGACCAACAGUGGACAUUCCUACAUGGGGAGUUGUACUGGAUCCACUGUGAGUGAUUAUCCCCACCACGACAACUCCGCCUCCCCUCUGCUCACCAGCGGGGGAGUAAUGGAGCCUCACCCCGUCUACUCGAGCUCGGCGUCGGCCUGGGCUCCGGCUCCGUCGGCUUCACUAAAUAACGGAGCUUCAUAUAUUAAGCAGCAGCCGCUGUCUCCUUGUAAUCCCGGCGCCAACCCGCUGCAGCCCAGUUUGCCAACGCAUUCUCUGGAGCAGCCGUACCUACACCAGAACGGGCACAGCACCACAGAUUUACAAGGUAUUCCUCGGUAUCAUUCCCAGUCUCCCAGCAUGUGUGACCGAAAGGAGUUUGUCUUCUCCUUCAACGCCAUGACGUCCUCAGCGAUGCACUCACCGAGCAGCGGCUCCUACUACCACCACCAACAGGUCUCCUACCAGGACAUCAAGCCGUGCGUCAUGUGAUGCCACCAUGCACAGUGUGCGCACAUGUGGACACAUACGAGGACAGUUUGCAGACUCGAGAACGAGCCUGCAGAAUAUGAGGAAGGUCUGCAGAAUUUGAGGAAGGUCUGCAGCAGAGUGGACUGAAAUAAAACCACUGACACGGAACGUGCGUCACCGCAGGUCCAACCAAAGACCACGGUCGAACAAAGUAGACCGGACUACUUGUGUAAACUGUGUCACAACGCCGUAAAGACUCGGGGACAGGCUCAUCACAAUCAUAUGAUAAUAAUAAUAAUAUAUAUAAUUAAAAAAUGAAAUAAAAAAGUUGACCUUGGACCAGCGGGGUAAAGCCUGAGGCCCUGCUGCUGUUUGGUACUUACAGUCCUGCAGAGCGGAUGACUUCACAUAUACUGUUAAUAUUGUUAUUGUUGUGCAGUUAAUGCACAAUCAUUUCUACUUUUUAAUUUGAUAAAUUAGACUUUUUUGUUCUGGGGGGGCUCACAUACCAGCGUUAUUUUUUCCAAAUGAACAAUUAUUUAGAAUAAAAAACAACCUGUGUAUAAAAAAAAAGAAACAAGAAAGAAAAAAAAACAAUGAAGGCACUUUUUGAAUAGCCUAUAAGCGCAACUUUAUUUAUUCUGUAGACCUACAUAUUUUUAAUUUUCGGCAAAUCAGCCAAGCUUUAUUGGCAAUAUUUGUCAGAACGCAUAUUUGUUUCAUGAAUGAACCUUGAGGAUAUAAUGUAAGCACUGUUAUGUCAUUUGUCUUAGGUAUAGAUCAUUACUUUCAGCACUGUACUUAUAUAUGUUAGGAAAAUUAGUCAGGGUGUUUAUGAGUACUAUAUUAUUAAAAACAAUCAUUUGCAAGAAAUUAAACAACUGUUUAAGCUUAAAUCAAGACAUAUGGGUGUCUGCAUCUGCACCACAAUUCCAGUAUUUUACGUCCCCAUACCAAGCAAACAGGCCACAAAGCAAAUACCAGCAAUAUCUUAAAAAUAUUUAUUUAUUCCCAUACACAUUAUUCAUAUAUUUCAGUUUCAUUCUGACAAAAAUAUCUAGAAUUGCUUUGGAAAGGUUUGUUAAUAAAAUGUGGACAGAUUUACUCUGAUAUGUUCGUUAAGCAGAAAUAAGUUCCACAUCACAAAUUUUAAAACUUAACUGGUGUUAAAAGUCAGUUUGCUCAAUCAUUGUCUUUUAUUCCUUGGUAUUUGAAACAGGGAGAAAAUAUCUGAUUCUGAAUGAAACCACUUGCUGAUGUCAAACUAAAAUAAAUGAGAAAGUCCAUUUGCAGCGUGCCUUCUACAUGCAACAUUUAACUCAUUUUGUUAGACCUUUAUGGUGGUGAAUUUACUUUUUUUUUUUUCCCCCACCAAAAUGCAUUUUGCCAAAUUCUCUCAGGUUAAACUAAAAACUACAAAAUAAUAAUCUUGCUCUAAACUUAUCUGUGCUGUUGUGGAGUGUGUGCAGGUUUGAGGGAUCAUCUAUAGAAACAUCGGGUUUUUUGUUAACGCAUUUAUAUGUGAGCAUUUAGUUUUCAUCCAACAAGCAUCUGUUCAUUCUUAAGUGCAAUUAGAGAAGCACAAAUGUACAGUUAGACUUAUAACUGCAACAACUCCACUAUUACAACCGUUUCCAUGUGGUCUUCUGCAAAAUUCACAAUUACUAGUUGUAGAAAAAAAAAUGUCACAUGGGCUGGUUGGCCAACAAUAAAAUAUCUGAACUAAUUUUUAAAAUAUAAAUUAGUGUGGCACAGUGGCACAAGUGGUUAGUCUGCUUGUAUCCAAACCUGAAGGUUGCCGUUUCAAGGUCACAUCUGCCUCUUUCUCCACGUACAGCUGGAGUUGCAUCAUAAAGGGCAUCUGAUUAAAUUUGUGCCAAAUCAACAUAAUCUGUAAUGGAUCUGUUCUGGUGACACUGGGCAGAAAAAGAAGCGGCCAGAAAAAUCAAAUUUCUGUAAAAUUAGGCAUUUUAUUAUAUAGUGGCAUGGGGCAGAAAAUUAGACCUUGGCUGCUCUCCUUGACCAUAUUCCGAUCCUAAAUCAAACCAAAUAAUUUCUUCCUAUCGGUAAGCCCAAUGUUCCUGCCAAGUUUGUUCAAAAUCUGAUUUGAGAUCCUUAAGCUAUUUCACUAACAUAAAUACAUAGUUGUUGACACCAAGGCGAUCACAUGAAUGUACACCUCAUGCGGUAUUGAAAGCAAGUUUGCUAUGCUCUGAACGUAAUCUGGGAUGUUUUACUACAUCAAGCCACACAAUUGGUGCUUUUGUGCAUGCAUGUGUAGCAUUUUGUUCUUGCAUGUAACCGUCUCACAACAUGGCCACUGGCUGAACCCCAGUGAAAUGAGCACACCGUGCAGCAGCACCUCACAUUAGCAACCUGAUGACAUUUGCUGAGGCUCAGCAGGCCGACGCUACGCAGCUGUUCUCUGCCGUAGUCCAUAAAAAGCCAGAGGCCUGCUGCGCGCAGACAGACACGCAGCGUGUGUGUGCUUUUGCACAUAGCCGUAGCUUCACUAAAAACAGGACACACUGAUGUGAGCGUGAUCAGUUACCAGGUAACUGCAAAACACAGAAAGAGAUGCUUUAAGUCGAAUAUGAAGUGUGGAGUAGAACAUACAUGCAUGCAUGUGGUGUACCUUCAUAAACUCUGAGCAUAUCUGUAGGAGGGAAGCAGCACCACAAAUAAAAUCACUUCCAGUGAUCACAGUCCCCUUCUAGAACAAGCUGGACUUGAAAGCAGAGCCACAGUGGAUUAAAAAACUGGCCUUUGAUUAAAGAACCAAUAUGAAGCCUCAGAACCCAAAAUCAGAUUGUACAAGUGUUGUUACAUCUACAGGUCAAUUUGUGCUAUUUUGAAGUUGUAGAAAUUUGCAUUAGUUGGCUCAUUUUGACAUUUCAAACCAAAACAGAAUGCUACAUAACACACGCGCAUUAAGAUGCAUGUUUGCUUUUUUAUACAAAGAUAUUACAAAUAAUAAUAAAAAACCUAGUCCGGUAAAAUGUUUGUAUUAAACAAAUGAACAUAUGAAAUUUAGGCAUCCUGAAAGGAAAACUGUCAUUUAUUAAAGUGAUUUCACAGCCAGAAUGCAGUUUUUUUUUUUUUUUUAAUAAAUGUUCAUAUAUCAGUGCUGAAAUUAUAAGUGUUAUUUCAAAAUACGCCUGGAAAUUAAAAAAAAAAACAUUGAUUCAUUUUGCAUGUAAUUUGAGUAAUUAAAGGUGAUUCAACAGCAUUUUACUGAGGUUUAGCACAAUGUCUGUUCAGAAUAGACACUGACCGUGCACCACGGCAUCUCCAGUUUGAGUUCCUGCACAGGCUAGCUUAGUUACACAUCUCUCCUGCUUUUCCUGCCAUCUUUUUUUUUUUUUUUUUUUACUAUGAAUUCAAAAGAGAAAAUUCUACAUGGGCAUUUUUAGACCAUUUAAAAGCGUGUGAAUUUUAAGACAUUUUAUCACAUACUACGCCUUGUAUGUUGCAUGAAUACAUUGUGCAACAUGGUUCAGAAUAUCAACUAAACAGACAUUUUCAGCUUCUUGUAAAUAUGUUGUUUACGACAU